CAUAAAAGGCCCUGAGCCCCGCCUGGAUCAGUGUCCAGUCUGUGAUCACCAUGGCGGGCCUGGCGGUUCUGCUCCUCUUGGGAGCUGCAGUGUGUGCGGCGCAGCCCCGCGGCCGGAUCCUGGGCGGCCAGGAGGCCGAAGCCCACGCGCGGCCCUACAUGGCGUCGGUGCAGGUGGACGGCAGACACCUGUGCGGCGGCGUCCUGGUGGCUGCGCAGUGGGUGCUGAGCGCCGCGCACUGCCUGGAGGAGGCGGACGGCAAGGUGCAGGUGCUGCUGGGUGCGCACUCCCUGUCGCGGCCCGAGCCCUCCAAGCGCCUGUAUGACGUGAGUCGCUCAGUGCCCCACCCAGACAGCAGUCCCGACACCAUCGACCACGACCUCCUCCUGCUGCAGGUCAGCCCUGGCCAGCGGUGCCUCGCCCGCGGCGCUGGGUCCCCACCUCGCGCCCACCUCGCCCCUACCUCGCGGCCCGGGCCGGUGCUUCCCGCAGCGCGGCCCCCGGGUGCCUAUUGCACAAUUGCCACUCCUGAUGGGCGUGACCUCAGACCCACACAGGAAAGGUACCCCACGCUGACCUGCAGCUUGCGGCCGUCCUCCCGCCUCAGCCCCUCGGUGCCGGAGCUACUCACGCGGGCGGGCGGGGGCUCGGGGCCCUCGGGCAAGCUUCCUGGGCCGGCGGGAGAGAGACCUACAGCCCCGCCUGCUGUGGCCUAG